CCGUCGAAAUCACUCCUCAACAAUUCACAUCUCUAUCGUAUGGCCAAAACCGGUGAUAUGAAUAACCGAGGAGUUGAAGUACAACCGACACUGAAUCUUGACAAGAUGAUGGCCGCCAAAGCAAAUGCAGUCAAGGCCCUUACCGGCGGUAUUGCACUUCUUUUCAAAGCCAACAAAGUUCAGCCGAUCACUGGAACUGGUACGAUCGUUGGUCCUAACGAGGUUAGCGUCAAGAAAAAUGAUGGAUCGACCGAAAGUGUGAAAACGAAAAACAUUAUAAUCGCUACCGGCUCUGAGGUGACACCUUUCCCUGGCAUUGAGAUCGACGAGGAGCAGAUAAUUUCAUCAACUGGUGCAUUGUCGUUGAAAAAAGUACCCGAGAAGAUGGUGGUCAUUGGAGCUGGUGUGAUUGGUUCGGAAUUGGGUAGCGUAUGGUCACGUCUUGGCGCACAGGUAACGGUUGUUGAAUUCUUGGAUCAUGCCGGUGGUUUUGGAAUUGAUAUGGAAUUGGCGAAACUCUUCCAGAGGACACUCACCAAACAAGGUUCAUUUUCAUGGUUCAUUCACUGA